GAACACAAUGAAUCGCUCAAUAGCAUAGGAUCGGAAGAAAACGACGAUACCCAUGAAGAGCAAAACGCUUCUGGAAGCGGUAGCGGCAGUUCCUCAGGAUCUGAUUCCGAUUCAGAUAGCUCAUCAUCAUCUUCAAAUUCUAGCCGAAGGCAUACCUGCCCUGAUCGGGAAUCACGAGCCAGCGACCAAAGUUAUGAUAGCGGUGACAAUGCCCAGGAUGGUCAAGCACAACCACAAACAAAACAAGGUGGUACGACGGCGACCGGUUUUCCACCUACAGCUGCGGCAGCUCAAGAAGACACGAAAGCUAACGGAUACUCAGAUGACAACGAAUCUGACAGCGAUUCGAAUUCCGACACAAAUUCAGACAGCAAUGAGGAAGAAAAUGGGGAAAAUCCUGGGGAGGGAAUGGAACACAAUGUUACAAAUUCCACACACAAUCUUACUAAUAACACAUCAGCAUCAACAGCUAACAUCACAACAACAGAUAAUAAUACCUCAAAUGCGACAAACGAUGGCGAAGAAGAUUCGCAAGAUGAAAAUGCAAGCGCUGCAGAUAGCAACGAGAAAGCAGCCGCUGAUGACCAAAACAAGAAAAUAACGAGUAAAAUGCCAACAGCGAAGAUGUCUGCGAAGAUUGUGUCUCAGUCGACCUUAGCUGCUAAACACAGUACCGAACAUGUAGGGGAUAAUGCUGCUGUUGAAGAUGGUGAAGAUGAUGACGCCGAAGCUUCUGAAUCGGGUGAAUCUGCAGAUAAAAGUUCCUCGUCAGAGGCAGAGUCACCAACUGCCAGCAGUAGCAGUAGUAGCGAGGACGAUGAAGAUGACUAUCAGCCGAAACGUAGCACGCGUACCGCCAGAAAAACGGCAGCUGCGUCAUCAAACGAGAAGACCGCACAGAGGCAAGCAAAGAAACGGAAGAAGCAAAAUUGGGACUCAGACGAAAGCGAUGAAAGCGGAGCGGACAGCGACAUGUCAGCGCCGCCAAAACGAAAGGCAAACACAAAGGCCGGGAAAGCGAAAGCAUCACAUCGUCGCGGGAAAAAAGCCUCUUAUUCCAGCGACGAAAGUGAUGGCGAGGAAGAUAGCAAACGAUUUGGAACAAGACGAACUGCUGCGGCGGUUAGCUAUAAAGAAGCCUCGGAAGAUGAAAAAACAGAUUCAGAAGAUUUGGUAGAGGUCGAGUAUGACGAAAGUCAGGCGGCAGCAGCAGAAGAGGAGGAGAAAUGCGAGACGAUCGAGCGGAUAUUAGCAAGGCGUCAAGGUCGCAAAGGCUGUACAGGAAAUCCAACAACAAUCUAUGCCAUAGAGGAACAGGGAGUUGAUCCCAAUGAUGGGGUCGAUGAGAACGACCUAGAAAACGCUGAAACCCAGUAUUUAAUUAAAUGGAAGGGAUGGUCAUAUAUACAUAACACAUGGGAGUCCGAAACAACUUUGCGCGAGCAAAAGGUCAAAGGCAUGAAAAAGCUUGAUAACUUCGUUAAAAAGGAGCAAGACAUUGAAUAUUGGCGUCGUUACGCUGGUCCAGAAGAUAUCGAUUAUUUUGAGUGCCAAUUAGAAUUACAGAAUGAUUUGCUCAAGUCGUAUAAUUAUGUGGAUCGAAUUAUAGCUCGUAACGAGAAGCCGGACGGCAUGUCAGAAUACCUCUGUAAGUGGCAAUCGUUACCAUAUGCCGAGGCCACUUGGGAAGAUGGUGUAUUAGUUAAACGCAAAUGGCUACGUUGUGUGGAACAAUUUGAAGACCGUGAAAUGUCCAAGUGCACACCAUCGCGACAUUGUAAGGUGCUCAAGUAUCGUCCCAAAUUCUAUAAAACCCGCGAACAGCCCGAUUUUCUAGCCGAAGGUUUAACUUUGCGUGACUAUCAAAUGGACGGACUAAAUUGGUUGCUACACUCAUGGUGCAAAGAGAACUCCGUCAUACUUGCCGAUGAGAUGGGUCUCGGUAAAACCAUACAAACCAUCUGCUUUCUGUAUUCAUUAUUCAAAGUUCAUCACUUAUACGGGCCAUAUUUGUGCGUCGUACCUUUAAGCACUAUGACAGCGUGGCAACGUGAAUUUGACCUUUGGGCACCUGAUAUGAAUGUAGUGACAUAUUUGGGCGAUGUGAAAUCGCGUGAAAUGAUACGCCAAUACGAAUGGCAAUUUGAUGGCUCGAAAAGACUGAAAUUUAACUGCAUUCUAACAACAUAUGAGAUUGUGUUGAAGGAUAAGCUAUUCCUCGGCACCUUGCAAUGGGCUGCGUUACUAGUUGACGAAGCGCAUCGCUUAAAAAAUGACGACUCAUUGCUGUAUAAAUCUCUCAAAGAGUUUGAAACAAAUCAUCGCCUCCUUAUCACUGGCACACCACUGCAAAAUUCUCUUAAGGAACUUUGGGCUUUGCUUCAUUUCAUUAUGCCCAAUCGUUUUGUUACUUGGGAAGAUUUUGAGGUGGAACAUGGCAAUGCAGCAGACAAGGGAUACACCAAAUUACAUCAGCAACUCGAGCCAUAUAUUUUACGGCGAGUAAAAAAGGAUGUCGAGAAGUCGUUGCCCGCAAAAGUGGAGCAAAUAUUGCGUGUCGAAAUGACAUUGCUGCAGAAACAGUACUACAAAUGGAUCUUGACGAAAAACUUCGAUGCUUUGCGCAAAGGCAAGAAGGGUUCUACGUCGACAUUCUUAAAUAUUGUCAUAGAACUGAAGAAAUGUUGUAAUCACGCUUCUCUUAUACGGCCGUCAGAAUUUGAAUUGAUAGGUCUGCAGCAAGAAGAGGCAUUGCAAACGUUAUUAAAAGGCUCUGGAAAGUUGGUGCUUCUGGAUAAGUUAUUAUGUCGCCUCAAAGAGACUGGUCAUCGUGUAUUGAUUUUCUCGCAGAUGGUGCGCAUGCUGGACGUGCUGGCCGAUUAUCUGCAAAAGCGACACUUUCCCUUUCAACGUCUCGAUGGCAGCAUAAAGGGUGAAAUGCGCCGCCAAGCCUUAGACCAUUUUAAUGCCGAUGGUAGUCAAGAUUUUUGUUUUCUUUUGUCGACACGCGCUGGUGGAUUGGGUAUUAAUUUAGCGACGGCUGAUACAGUUAUUAUCUUUGAUUCGGAUUGGAAUCCUCAAAAUGAUUUACAGGCACAGGCGCGGGCACAUCGCAUUGGCCAGAAAAAUCAAGUAAAUAUUUAUCGUUUAGUAACAGCACGUUCUGUUGAAGAGCAAAUUGUCGAGCGAGCGAAACAGAAAAUGGUACUUGAUCAUCUUGUCAUACAGCGCAUGGACACGACGGGUCGUACGGUUUUAGAUAAAAGCGGUGCGAGUUCAUCAAAUGCCACACCCUUCAACAAGGAUGAUUUAUCAGCUAUUUUGAAAUUUGGCGCCGAAGAGUUAUUCAAAGAUGAACAGGAAAACGAUGAUGAGUUGGUUUGCGACAUCGAUGAAAUCUUACGUCGUGCAGAAACACGUAAUGAAGAUCCGGAAAUGCCUGGUGAUGAUCUACUGUCCGCGUUUAAGGUUGCGAGUAUUGCUACAUUUGAGGAAGAGCCCAGCGAGGCGGCAAAAGACGAUGAUAAUGUAGGCGGUGAUGAAGAAGAUACCAAGGAUUGGGACGAUAUUAUUCCGGAGGAUUUUCGAAAGAUAGUCGAGGACCAAGAACGUGCUAAAGAGAUGGAAGACUUGUAUUUGCCACCCCGUCGAAAAACAGCAGCAGCUAACCAGGACUCGGCAAUGCACAGUAAACGCGCUGUAAAAAAGGGCCAACCGGACGAAUCUGGUGCGGAUUCUGAUUACGAAGCUGGUUCAGAUGGUAGUGGAGAAGAUGGGCGACCGAAGAAGCGUGGCCGUCCUGCGAACAAGGAGAAAAUAAUCGGGUUUACCGAUGCAGAAAUACGACGUUUUAUCAAGUCUUACAAGAAAUUCCCUGCACCUCUAGAACGUCUCGAGGCAAUCGCCUGUGAUGCCGAGCUGCAAGAGAAGCCAUUGGCGGAAUUGAAAAGGAUUGGCGAAAUGUUGCAUGACCGUUGUGUUCAGUUCCUUGAAGAACACAAAGACGACCUGCCCGCCACACCAAAGAAUGCUGCUGACGAUACAGUAGCAGCGAAACAGAGACGUACACGUGCAACAUAUUCUGUAAAAUUGGGUGGUGUUUCCUUUAAUGCCAAAACGCUGUUAUCUUGUGAAGAGGAAUUGAAGCCGCUUAAUGAUAUCGUGCCAAGUGUGGCCAGUGAGCGGCUCAGUUGGCAAUUAAACAUUAAAACCCGUCCUGCGAACUUCGAUACGGACUGGGGCGUUGAGGAGGACUCUAAACUGCUAUGCGGCAUUUAUCAAUAUGGCAUUGGCUCAUGGGAGCAAAUGAAAAUGGAUCCAAGCCUAAAGCUGACAGAGAAAAUACUUUUCAAUGAUGCGCGAAAGCCGCAAGCAAAGCAUUUGCAAUCAAGAGCGGAAUACUUGCUGAAAAUCAUUAAAAAGAACGUUGAAUUGAAAAAAGGCACCCAGCGGAAACAACGCAAACCGCGUAAACCCCGAGAAACAAAGGUUGGCGGAUUAGCGACCGGCAAUUCAACAGUGCCGGGGACCCCCGAACGUAAGCCAAGGAACAUAUCCGAGUCUCACGUCGGCGAUGAAGCAUCGCAAUCUGCCCACGAAGGUGCGGAACGUAAACCCCGCUCGAAAGAUAGUACAUCAAAAGUUGAAGCUGCUGAAAACGAUGCCACCGUGACUGCUGCUGAGUCUACGGAUACUACCUCCGCACCAGCUACGAAAAAGAAGUCUAAACGUAGCACAGCUGGAAAAGAUGGCAAACCUGUUGGCCGUACGAAGAAGUCGAGCGCAUCUGAAUCGACAGCGAACAACAAACCCAUGCAUUUUACAGCAAACAAUGAGCCACGCGCUCUUGAAGUGCUCGGUGAUCUUGAUCCUAAUGUAUUCAACGAGUGCAAAGAAAAAAUGCGGCCGGUGAAGAAAGCGUUAAUUGCACUAGAUCGGCCAGACACCAGCCUCUCCAAUCAAGAGCAAGUGCGGCACACACGCGAAUGUCUACUAUCGAUUGGGCGUCAAAUCGAUGUUUGUUUAGAAGCAUACAAAGAGCCUGAGAAGAAAGAAUGGCGUAGUAAUUUGUGGUACUUCGUUUCGAAGUUUACCGAGUUCGACGCGAAGAAACUCUUCAAGCUGUAUAAACAUACAUUGAAAAGUGCAGAGGAAACCGGAGGAGGAGCUGGCGGCAGUGGUGGUGCAAGUGAUCCAAGUUCGAUGGAAAAAGGUGCUAAAGCGAGUUCACAGUUACCCAAAAAGCGGGUGCGCAGUGAAACCAAAGCGCAGCAUGGAAAUGGUGUUGCAGCGUCUGGCGAGAAAAAGAGGAAGAAGAAGGACAAAGAGAAAGACAAAUCUAAAGAAAAAGAUAAAAAUCGUAAUAAAUCGGAAAGAAAAGGUGGCGCAACAGGAAGUACAGCAGCGAGUACGGAUAAAUCCAAACGCAUGUCUGGUACAAAUUCGCCGAUGAAGCGGAAGCGGGAUGAAAAUGAUGUGGGUAGUGGCAAUGCUGCCGAUGGCAAGGGAACACCAUACAAACGUCAGAAUAUGAAUGUUGUUGGCAGAAAUCGCGAACGCAUCGAUGAUCGUAAGAACCCUUAUAGUGUCGACGGAGCUGUGCCCGCAGGUCGUGGGAGCGGAGGCAUGCCGCCUGUUGGUGGUAGCGAUCGACGAAAUUCUAUGAAUUCACCUUCAACGCCAAACAAUCGGGGUAUGCACGGUGUUAACGCACGACUGCCGCCCAAUGUUCCCGGUACUCCUGCGGGUGUUCCAGGCAGUGGUGGUGCGGCUGACACACGGAACAUGUCGUCUCCUUAUGUGGAAGGCAACGAUCGAUGGGGACAUGGACGUGAUCGGUACAGCAACUCUGAUUACAAGCGAGAUCGUUACGACAACUAUGGAGGCCGUGGUAGCAGCGGUGGUAGUUAUCAUCGUGAUCAUCGCGAUCAUCGCGAUCGAGAUCGAAGACUCGAUAAAAGGCGCUAUCAUCCUCCCCAUGCGCCACCCCCACUUCCAUAUGCUGGUUAUCAUAUGCCUCCCAACUAUUAUAUGGGUAAUGGGGGUUUGCCAGCAGCUGCACCACCACAUGGCCCAUAUCGUGGAGAUGCACGCUAUACGUCAGCAGGCGAUUGGCCCCGAGACAAUCGCAUGGAUUUUCCGCCAGAUUACCGAAGAGCGGACUAUGACCGACGGCCGCAAUCAUAAACUCUCUGCCAACUUAAAAGCAUUUGACUGCUAACAUUUUUUUGCUGUGUUAUGAAUAUAAUUUCUCGUCAUAUGCCUAUAGUUACUAUAAUUCUACAAAUGUAAAGAACAAGCCGAAACUAUUGGAUAAGUGGAUGUACUAAAUACAUAGAUUAGUUCUUUAAACAUAAAAACAUCUAUAAAUCUGUAAAAAGUAAUUUAGUUAAAUACACUUAUGUGUUUAAACACAUCCAAUAAGCUAUUCCAUUUAGAAUUCCAAAUUGGAAUUUACAAUAUCAUAACGAUUCACUUAGUUUGAAGUAUAUACAAAUGUACGUACUUGUCUAUAAUUUCAUACGCAACAAGUUUUACGUUUUCAUACAUACAUACACAUACUAAUCAUAAUAACGCAUAUGCAUAAAACAAGUGGGUGAUGUAAAUUAAUUAAUAAAUUAGUACUGUAAUGAUUAGAAUCAUCAAUCAAUGUUUAUCAUGAAUUAAAGAAAAUUAUUUUGUAUUUAUAUUAUAUUAAACUUUAAUAAGUUUUAUUGUAGUUUUAAUUAUACUAUUCUAUAUCUGUAGACAACUGAUAUAAUGCUAGAUAACAUGUAAGUUUAUAAGAAAAAAUUUAAAAGGGUAGAACAGAAAGCAACAAAUUCAACUUGUAAAACUGCAAUAAGAUGUGUACCGAGGAAACUAUUUAACUUGAUCGUUUUUAAAUUAAUUUCAACAAAUAGAAACUAGGUUUAAGCAACACAAUCGCAUAGGUAACAUUAUUUUUUUAAUAAUUUGAUUUUUGUUUGGUUCAGUUACAAUCGCAUUGUUGUAACGCAUGUGAUUGCAAACCGGAAACAUGAAAAUUAAUAAACAAUUUAAUUAUAACAAAA